GUAUCUGGGAGAAUAUUUACAAGGAAGUAGACUGAUAAACAAGGAAACUCGGUGAGUUGCAGAGGUGAAAUUCUACAGUGUGGCAGCAGUUCUCAGCUUGUAAGAGCUUCACAAUGGUCCCAGCCACCUCAGGUUGACUACAUGAUCGUCGUUUUUACAGGCAGCCUCAGGAAAUUGGGUUGGACUGAAAAAGUAACAGAAUGAUGUGAAAUUUGUCUGAGUCACUGACUCUGCAUCACCGCUAGUUCUUUCAGGGAACUGCUCUUGGAGGAAGACAGAGCAGACUGCAGCUGAGAGUGGAGAUCUGCCCUUUCUGGUCACCACAAAUUUCAGAUCUCCUCCCCUAACCUCUCCCAGUCUUUUGUACUUUCUGCACUAAUCUAUCCAGUGCAGCAUAAACUGACAGAGGCAGCAGCUAGAAACUCCACUCUGGAAGCUCUCUUAAAAACCUCAGGAUCCACAGCAGACAUGAACGUGAAAACCGUGCUCAUCCUCCUCGUUCUGGCUUUGGCCACGAUAUUCGCGUUGGUCUGCGUGCUGCUGACCAGGGGAAGGGCUCCCAGCACCUGCCAGCCCCAGCACCCGGAGCAGGAGGACACCGAUGAUGGGCAGAGCCUGGUUUUUGCUGAUCUGACCCCAGAAGAAAUGGUCCAAGUGGUGCGGUACCUGCAGGAAAACCUCGGGGUGCCGCUGGUUGAUGCCUCGCGUGCUUUUCCCUCCGACAACUGCAUCUUCUCAGUGGACGUGCAGGUCCCUGCCAAGGCAGAGGUGCUGCAGUUCCUGGAUGGCGGGGGGGCUCGCCCUGCGCGGGAGGCGCUGGCUGUCCUGUACUUUGGCAACCAGCCGGACCCCAACAUCACGGAGUACGUGGUGGGGCCGCUGCCAACACCGGCGUACCACCGGGACGUCACUGUGCAGAAGUAUGGGGGGAGAGUGCCAUACCACCGCAGGCCAACGUUGGCUGUUGAAUACAAACAGAUUGCAGGGUUUUUAAGGAGUCAAGUGUUCUCCACAGCUCCAUCUUUCAUGCAUCAAGUAAUUGAAUAUAAUGAAACCAGUUUAGCAGCCAUGACAACGGCUCCCCGUGGUUUCCAGUCUGGAGAUCGGGCCACCUGGUUUGUUCUGUUUCAGAAUGUGAGCGGGUUCUUCCUGCACCCUGUGGGGCUGGAGGUGCUGGUGGACCACAGCAGCCUGGACAUCUCCCAGUGGGUGGUGAGCAGAGUCUUCUACAACGGGCAGUACUACAGGGACAUGGUGCAGCUGGAGAGCGCCUACGUGCAGGGUCGCAUCAGUGUGGAGAAGGUGAAGAAAGCCCCACGGGACGGGGACUUCUCAUCCAUGAAGCCGCGAGCCCCUCCUGCCGCGAUGUUCCCUUUGCAGUAUGAGCCCCAGGGUCCCCGCUACAGCGUCAGGAACAACCAUGUUGUCUUCCAGGCCUGGAGCUUUGCCUUUGGGAUGAGUGUGAACACGGGCAUGCGCCUGUUUGACGUCAGAUAUCAGGGGGAGAGGGUUGUCUAUGAGAUCAGCGUUCAAGAGGCCUUGUCAGUGUAUGGCUCCAACUGUCCUGGAGGGAUGUCAACAAGGUACAUGGAUGGGAGUUUUGGCAUUGGGCGCUUCACCUCUCCUUUAGUGCGUGGUGUUGACUGCCCCUAUUCAGCAACUUACAUGGAUGUGUACUACCUUGCUCAGUCGCAGGUCUCCAGAACUACUAAAAACGCCCUCUGCGUUUUUGAGCAUAACCUGGGCUCCCCUCUGAGGCGCCACUACUCCAACUUGCAGUCCUUCUACUAUGGGGGACUAGUCAACUCUGCUCUGAUUGUUCGAUCCAUUGCAACUCUGGGCAACUACGACUAUGUGUGGGACUUCAUCUUCUACCAGAAUGGGGCCAUUGAAGCCAAAGUCCAGGCCACGGGGUACGUGAGCUCGUCCUUCCUCCACGGGGAUGGUCUGAGAUACGGCAAUAGGGUUUGGGAGCACACGCUGGGCACGAUACACACCCAUUCCAUCAACUAUAAAGUGGACUUGGAUGUGGGAGACCCUGAGCCCUGGCUACAGCGAAGUACUCUUGGGAUGAGUUGUGUAAAAUUCUGAAUGUGAGCCGCUUCUCAA